CACAGAAGGAAGGGAGGAAAAAAAUACACCUGUGAUCAGUGUGGGACGGAAUUUGCCAGGAAGUGUAAUCUAAAAAGACAUGAAGUGAUCCACACUGGAGAGAAGCCGUUCAGCUGUGACUUGUGUGGAAAGUCUUUUACCCGGGCUGGAAGCUUAAAAAAACACCAACUCAUCCACACUGGAGAGAAGCCGUUCAGCUGUGACUUGUGUGGAAAGUCUUUUACCCAGGCUGGAAGCUUAAAAAAACACCAACUCAUCCACAGUGGAGAGAAGCCGUUCAGCUGUGACUUGUGUGGAAAGUCUUUUACCCUGGCUGGAAGCUUAAAAAAACACCAACUCAUCCACAGUGGAGAGAAGCCGUUCAGCUGUGACUUGUGUGGAAAGUCUUUUACCCUGGCUGGAAGCUUAAAAAAACACCAACUCAUCCACAGUGGAGAGAAGCCGUACAGCUGUGACUUGUGUGGAAAAUCUUUUACACAGGCUGGAAGCUUAAAAAAACACCAACUCAUCCACAGUGGAGAGAAGCCGUACAGCUGUGACUUUUGUGGAAAGUCUUUUACCCAGGCUGGAAGCUUAAAAAAACACCAACUCAUCCACAGUGGAGAGAAGCCGUACAGCUGUGAUCAGUGUGGAAAAGCUUUUAAUCAAAGUGGCCACUUCAAGAGCCAUCAAGUUACCCACUCUGGAAUUAAGGCAUACAGCUGUGACUAUUGUGGAAAAACUUUCAGUCAGCUAGGGGACAGAAAUACACACCUACGCAUUCACACUGGACAUGAUGUGUACAGCUGUGAUCAGUGUGGCAAAAAGUGUGGAACAGACUCACAGUUACAAUCCCACAUGUUUACCCACACUGAGGAGAGACCUCAUAAAUGUGACUUGUGUGAUAAGACUUUUAAAGCUCCACAGCACCUGAGAGCACACCAACAGAUCCACAGCAGAAAGAGACUCUACAAGUGCAGUUACUGUGAGAAGCAGAGCCACACAGAUGGAUCCAGUUCUCAGCCCUGUCAUCGCUGUGGUGGUGGGAAAGCGUUUCUCUGUGACCUUUGUGGGAAAACUUUCAAUCAGCAACAGAGCCUAAAAAGACAUCAGCGUAGACACACUGGACACAAACUGAAGGACUGCAAAGAAUGUGGGAGAAGCUUCACCACAACAAGUGAAUUAAAACAACAUGAACUCUUCCACAGUGGGGUUAAAAAGCAUGCUGGUGCUAAGACUGUUCAUGCUGUAGUGAUCCCUUUGCAAAGGUUGAGAGAGAAGAUAAAGCAGUACAACACUGUUGCUGCACUGGAAGAACAAAUCGACCUGGAAUCAGCUUGUGGUCUUGCUGAGGAAGUUAUUCUGCUUUGGGAACAAGGAGAUGGAAAGUAA